GCUCAGAACAGACGUGUGUUGCAAAACAACCGCGUAAUCGCGUUCCCUUCGCGUUUUGCAGACAUUUUCCACACUACUGCUUAGAGAGCACACCCCAUUUAUUUGUUGAAACACUUUCCAUGCAGCUGUAUGAUUUCGCGCGUUGUUUCAAUUUUGCUGUACUCCCGUAUUUGGCUCGAUCAUUCGUCGUUGUGUAUCUGAAUGAAUUUUUUUUCUUGUGAUGUGCCUCGUAGUUUCGUUUGAUUGAGUUUCCGCGAGUGAAUACAACGCAAUCGGUUUGUAUAGUCAACUGAGCUGUUGAACAACCCCGUACACAGGAAUACACAACCGCCCACCAAAUACCGAAAUUAAGUUUGAAGCAGUUCAAAAUCCCAGUACCUCCAGUAACAACUACAGUACAAGAAGAACUACGAGUGCAAAUGUUGUGAUUUCAUCGUCUUGCCAUUAGAAGAAGCACAAGUAGAAGAAUACAAAUCUAACAAAAAGUGCUGAAACGUCCGAUUUUCGAGUGAUUUGUAUGUAUGUAUUUAAUAUUGAACAAGUGUUUGUGAAUUUAUUUAUUGGUAAAACCGCGAAGUUAUUUUACGAGCACCCAAGUGUGGAAGGCAGGGAAGAUUCGAUGUGACUCUUUCGUAGCACUUUUCCCCGCCUUCUGUCCAGAUAGAGUGCGUCCACCCGUCGAUUGGUGAUAAUCAUAGUGAAAAAAAAGUGCGGUGUUGGAAUUUAUCAAGAAGGUCGGAGGAUGUCGUCGACGAUGCCCGUGGUUUGGUGCUCGGACCCCAACUCAUCCGAGAAGCGACAACCGUUUGCCCUGCAAGGGAUCCAACUGCAGGGCAACAUAACCGAGAAGCAUGUGCUGGCCAUGAAGGAGCUGAUCAAUGCCGCCUCGGAGGGUCGGCUGCUGUUGCCCAGCGAUGGGGCCAUCGUCCUGCUGGACUGCGGUUUGAGUAUCGGUUCUAUGGUGAUCGAGGGCAAAGCCGGAAAAGAGGUGGCACGGGAUGCUGCGGGGAUUGGUAAUCAUAAAUCAAUUCUAUCGGCCGUGCCGGAGGUUUCUGGGUGCGAUAGAAAUAUGCUGAAGGAGAUGUUCGCGGACGCUCAGAACAAUAAUGCUAAUGGGGGAGAUCAUGUUGAUAGAAGUGGUGAUCAUCUUCACAACGAUGAAAAAGGUGGGGAGCAGGCUUUCCCCACUGAGUUGAUAGAAGAUGGGUGUAAACCCUUGGACCUGUAUGGAUGCGAGGGCGUGACGGGUGGUGAGUUUCUGUACGAGUUUCUCUGCUGCGCCAAAUGUAUGAAUGAUCCGUCGUCCAGUUGUCUGAAUCCACCCAGUCAUCGUAGUCGUAGUUUAAAUUCGCUCAAUAACAAAUCACAGCUAUUGUCACGAUUUCUUAAUGGCCGGGCCAAGGCUCGGCUUUACUGUGAUCCACUGUAUAACAUAUCUAAUCGCUAUUUCAAAAGGUUGGUCAACCAUCAUAAAGCCACCAAAACCCGAUCAGAUUCACGUCGGAAUGUAAUCCGCAAAAGCUCCAUCCGAAGCGAUCGUUCGUCCGGGGGCAAGAUUGUCAAGAAAAGCUGCGAGAACAUACCAAUAUACGCCACGGUCAAUAAGAAGAUGAAACUGCGGUCUCGGUUAGAGGCCCUCCGGCGGCAGAAUAUCGACGCCGACACGUUAGCAUUACAAAUUGCACUGGACAAGCAACAACGAAUCAAACGCAGAUCGAACCCGACGACAGCCACAUCGGAAAUUCAUAAUCAAUCAUCUUCAUCAUUGUCCCCGCUCGGUCUGCUGCCGCCAUUAUCCCCAGGGAAGCCAUACAACAGUUCCAGCAGGAAAACUAGUUUCGAUUCGACGUGCACCGUGAGUUCAAUGGAUUCGGGCUUUAUCGAUCAGCAGCAGCGGCAACAGCUGAAGCAGCUCCAACAACAACUCCAACAACAGAAGCAAAGCAAAAAGGGCAAAGAAAUAUGCCAACCGAGCGAGUCGAUAACUGUUAAAUCGAGUUCGGAGAAAGAGAAAAAACUAGACGAACUACCUUCUAGUGAAGACGUCGAUGCUGUGGCCAGCGAUGACGAUCGUCUUAAUGAGCUAUCCCAGCUGCAGAUAAAAGAUUGUCUGGUUACGCAAUCGCGGAACCGCCGGAAAUCUUACGAAGAGUUUAAAUCGCUCUUCCGGCAACAGCAACAACAGCAAACUGAAUGCCGAAGUCGCUUGGCUGUGGUCAACGAAAAAGACCCUCAAGCCAACGCCAACACCGAUGCCAACAAUAUUAGCAUUAGUAGUAGCAAUAGCAUAAAAACACGACGCAAGUCCUAUGAAGAAUUCAAAGCUUCAGUCAAAAUUUGUGAUAGUAGCGUUAGUAAUUUAAAACCUACGUCCGAGGAGGAGGAAGAGGAGCACCAUCAUCACACGGCCCUCUCGGGGGUCAGCGGUCUUUUCAAGAUGAAGCGCAGAAACUCGCGACGUCUCAGCCUCAAGAAGCUGAAAAUGCACGACAAAGCUGACCCCGCACAGACUGCAACGGCGCCUGCUGACAAGCCCGCCCCACCCACAGUGAUUAGCAAUAGCGUUAGUAAAGUUAGCGAAGAAAGUAGUCACGUUAAAAGUAGUACAAUCUAUGAUAUUCUACGAACUAAGAACAAACUCGACGAACACAGGGGUUCGAUAGUCCCAUUGAGCAAAGAUCUGUCACCAUGUCUUAGAGAGGAAAUCUACCGCAAAAACUGCAAAAUCUACGACAAGCUUCUGUCAUACGGAAGCAAAGCGUAUAAAAAAUACGACAAAUACAUGACCUACGGCACGAUUUACGAGAUCUUGCACCGAAAAUCCGAUGCCGCCGAGGACAUUUUCUUACGUAAACGUGCUCUUUCCGAAAAGUUUGCUAAACGGAAACACAGCAUCCCCUCCCAUUACAGUUCACUCAAAUUUGGAACUAUAUACGACAUUCUACAAAGCAGAAAUGCAGCUCUUUUGGCCGAGCCAGAACCCAGUGAGAAAUCGUCCAACAAAUCCCAAGAUACGGACAACUCUUCUAAUUCCAACACUCUUUCCACAAUCUACGAUAUCAUUCACAAGAAAGCUGAUUCCCCAAAACAGCAAACUAAAAACCGCUUCCUCGUCAAAAAGAUCACCGAAGAGGAACUACACUCCAGCAACGAGAACAAUCGCAACGAACUCAACACCCCCGUUGAACCGCAUGAAACUCCCCCCUCACAUGACUACACAUCUCCCAAACCGCUCGACGCCACCAAGAAACCCACCCGUGCGCGUCGCUUUUCCAACAUCUUAUCAUACAUCCCUCAUCACCAUUCGACGGCAGCCAACGACUCAGACCAGUCCAAACUAUCCGACUCUAAUGAAUCUCGUCUCAAGAAGAUCGCCGCCAGCGACGAGGAUUUGUACAAACGAGCCAAGCAUCAGCUCCACCAUCACCAGAAAUCCCCACCACCGAAAGCCAGCAACAACGAUGACGAACUAUACUCCCGGAUUGGAAGGCUUCGCAAAUCCGCCACCGACUCCAUGGCCCUGUGUGACAAAAAUCAAGAGACUGUUCAUCACCACUCUCAACCGUCAUCCACUGCGGCGUCCAGAUUCGCCUUUUCCCCACUAAUGGCACUCAAAUCGAACGGGCUACUCCCGCAGCCCGGUGCGAUUUUUAAGUCCAACUCGUUGGACAUGCUGGCCUCGAACAAGUUCUCCAAAAAUCCACGUUGGAGUCGAUACAAUGUAGGAGGAGGGGCGGCGUCCGGUCCGGUGCGUAAGCUGAGCCCCCUUGUGCUGCCCCGGAAAAGUGGUUCCGGUAGUGGUUCGAAUGUUCCCGCGCAGCAGCAACAGCAGCAGCAGCAGCCACCGAAACGGAAUACGCGACGGAUGUCCGAGUUCACCCGAGGCGAGUUCCUGAAUGAGAAACUAUGGUACUUCCGGAAGAUCAAAAGAAUAGAAGCAGAGAAAAAGCUGUUAUUGCCAGAAAACGAACACGGCGCAUUCUUGAUUCGCGAUUCGGAAAGCCGACACAAUGACUACUCGCUGUCAGUUCGUGAUGGUGAUACGGUGAAACACUACCGGAUCCGACAGCUGGACGAGGGAGGAUUCUUCAUUGCCAGGCGAACCACCUUCCGAACACUCCAGGAACUGGUCGAGCACUACAGUAAGGACUCCGACGGUCUGUGUGUGAACCUUUGCAAACCGUGUGUACAGAUUGAAAAACCGGUCACCGAUGGACUGUCGCACCGCACCAGAGAUCAGUGGGAAAUCGACCGGACGUCGCUCAAGUUCGUGCGCAAGCUUGGUUCCGGCCAGUUCGGCGACGUAUGGGAAGGCCUGUGGAACAAUACAACACCGGUGGCCAUCAAGACGCUCAAGUCCGGCACCAUGGACCCGAAAGAUUUCCUCGCCGAAGCACAGAUCAUGAAGAAACUCCGACACAACAAGCUGAUCCAGCUGUACGCAGUAUGCACCCUCGAGGAACCCAUCUACAUUAUUACAGAACUGAUGAAGCAUGGCUCUUUGCUGGAGUUCCUGCAAGGCAAAGGACGGAAUUUGAAGCUUCCACAGCUGAUCGACAUGGCCGCCCAGAUUGCCGCCGGUAUGGCAUACCUCGAGUCGCAAAACUACAUUCACCGAGAUUUGGCCGCCCGCAACGUGCUCGUCGGGGAUAACAACAUCGUCAAGAUCGCCGAUUUCGGCCUAGCAAGAUUAAUCAAAGAAGACGAAUAUGAAGCCCGAGUGGGAGCGCGGUUCCCGAUCAAAUGGACAGCACCUGAGGCAGCCAACUACAGCAAAUUCUCGAUCAAGUCAGAUGUAUGGAGUUUCGGUAUCCUGUUGACAGAGUUGGUAACUUAUGGUAGAAUACCGUAUCCAGGUAUGACAAACGCCGAAGUGCUGAACCAGGUUGAGCAUGGCUACAGAAUGCCACAGCCUCCGAACUGCAACGUAGCCCUGUAUGAGAUUAUGCUCGAGUGCUGGAACAAGGACCCGAUGCGACGGCCUACUUUCGAAACCCUGCAGUGGAAGCUGGAAGACUUCUUCACCAUGGACCCCAGUGAAUACAAAGAGGCGGCACCGUACUGAUAAAUGGCAAAUGAAAGCGCAAAACGUGUAGCCCACGCCGCCGUUGAUACUAUUGCUUCUAGUACCACAAACGCUGCUGUUUCUAUUACUACUGUUGCUUCGACAUCUACUACUACAACUACUGCUGCUGAUGCUACAACUGCUAUCGCUAUUUCACCGGCUGCUGGCGUCAAAGGACGCCAUCGAAAGCCGCAGCCGCCGUCGCAGAAACGUCAGGUAUUGCUAUUUAUUUGAAUGUCUUCGUUCCCCCUUUGACAGAUCUAGUACUGCAAUUAUCUCAUGUCGCUUUGCCCAAUAGACCUAUGCGCAGAAGUAUGGCGUAUGAAUGAUGAUUAGGUUGUGCCCCGUUAGGUUAUGUCCGCGUUAUGCGAAUUAGUUGAACACAAACGUUAGACCAGGACCAUUCUCUAGUACUACUAUUAACUACUAUUACUACUACAUUUAGGCAACUAUGUUUUAUACUGACACGAAAACAUUCUCCGAAUUAAGAAGCCAAAUAUAUACUUCCGUUCAGCUACGAAAACACAUGCACGUACACACAUACACACAACACACACACUUGCAUCCAGAAUCCAUCGAAGAAGUGUUGAGCUGAUAGGAUCGGCCUAAAUGUAAAAGCAUCACUUGUUCUACUCAAUAAUUAUUCAUUCCUACUGUUUACCGAGUAAAACAGAGAACGUAAGCUUAGCAAUUUACACUAAAACGAAUCGGAAACAAUCAAUAAGUUUAAGAUAACAAGACCCAUUACAACGCUAGAGUUCGGUUGCUAUAAAUUAUUUAGGAAGACGCGAACAGGAACAGUUUUACUUCGGGUAAGUAAAUAUUCACAUACCCAUCCACACACACACAAACGUAUAGAAGAAAGUAGUGACACAAACAACGGGAAAUCGACUAAUGUGUUCGUUUUAAUUAAUCAUAGUAAUUGAGUAUUUUGUCGUUAGGUUCUAGUACUGCAGAUACGAAAGUGAUUAUAUCCUCAGAUAGCAGGUUGUAUACAAGCGGUAUUAUUACAGAUUGUGCUUCUUUAACCAGAAUGUCUUUUACUUGAAUGUUCGUUUCCCUGAAUGUAAAUUACCCGCAAUUAGCCCCUAUUUUCCCGAAAGAAUGAGGAUACAAAAUAACGAUGAUAACACAGUCUGAAGUAGAAUGUUGUAGAUGGAGACCAGUGCAGUGUUGAGAAAUGCCAUUUCGGUGUCAUGAGACUAGUUUGUUAAUAACUUUCUGGGACAUGAGAGCGAAAUUACAAAAAUGCCACGAAAUGUCAUGACAUUAAUGUCAUUUGACACUAAUUUGGCACUCUCGCCGUCGAUUUCAGAUACUGAAGCGUUUAUCAGAAUUCUUAAUUGAAACUAUCGUUUACAAAAAGUAUUUGGCAAAUGAGUUCCAUGACACCGAAAUGAUAUUUCUCAACACUGGACCAGAGUGGGGACGAGAAAUGGAAUGGAGACUGUUGGGGAAAGUGGGGAAAAGUGUAAUGUUAAAUAUAGUUUAGAAUGAAUGGAAUAAACAAUAAGAGAGGAAUGAAGAGCAUAGUUUAUUGAAUGCGAACCAGCCACACCAGUGCAUGAAGUGAAGAUGGGUGACCGGAGUAGAGUGGACGGAAGGUAAUGGAGAGUAGAAUAUAUAUAGUGGAGUGACGUGCUGAAUGGGUGAAUAGAUUUGAGGUUGAAAGUAAGAUGAGAAUUGUCAAAAAAUUAGAUGAUAAGAACCUUGAUUUAUCUGUCUCAAUUCAUGAAUUAAACUCAAAUCAAACUUAACAGUGAUAAAUAGAAAAUGUAGAACAACCGUGCCUGCAGCAACGAUCACUACGAAUCAGUUAUUUUAAAUUUCAGCUGCCACUUUUAGGUUUAAUUUGAGUUAGUUUGAGAAUCGAGAGAGAGAGACCUUUUAACAGCCUUCUUUUACUGUAGGAGUGAUGUCUUUCCAUUACACAAUGUCAAUGUACACAACUUAUCGGUUUCCUCACUCUACCAUGUACGCCCAUGCGUUGAGGGAAACGACGAUCAAAGAACUGGCAUUAGGGUAAACCGCACAUCUCUUAACUAUGGCUAAAUAAAAAUUAAAAUCUGUUUUGAAAUGUGAAAUUCGGAUUUGUCGGGUUUACACCUUCGCAAAAAUAGUUCUAUAAACUCAUUUGAAUGCGCAUACAAUUAUACGACCAUAUUUUUAUUUGCUUUUCUUGUAGACAUUUGUAAUUUCGGCAUAAGGGACUUUAGCGACAUGCAGUGAUGAUGUUAUACAAUUCCAUUGUACAUUCUGUACCCAAGACAAAAAUGCGCAUUUCUUCUCAGCAUUUUGAGUAAUCCUUUUUCAAUUCUCCUAACCUAUUCUUCUGAUGAAAUGGUAAAACGGUGAAAAUCACACUCAAUUGUAAAUACUUUCUCACAUUGGACAUUGAGCCAAGAGAUAAAAAAUUGAACAAUGAAAAUUUUUAAUGUAAAGAAUAGAAAACAGAUACAAAGAAGACAACUCAUUUGAGUAAAAUAAUUGUCGCGAAAGAGCAAAGUGUUUAAACAAACGAAUAAUACACAAAAUAUAUUUUCAUAUAUUAAAAUUGUCGAGAAAAUUAUGACGAAACCUAAAAGUUACAAUACAGACCUCUCGAGAGAUGUGACACAUGGUGACAGACAUUAAAAGAAAUCGUCCCGUCGUAUUUGAUCUUCAUAGGCGUAUUGACUUUACGUUGCCACCUUUUCGGCACCCGUCUCAGUUCAUAGGUAACAAUUUUUUGAUAGUAGGAAAAGAGCUUCGAUUAGUUUAUUACAUUUAAUAAUAUUAGGCACUUAGACUGAAACAAAUAUGUUCGCGCACUCUAGUUAGCGAGUAAGCUGCUGUAUUCAUUCGUGCAUGAAUUUGUUCUCCACCAGGCAGUGGUGUAGAUCACCCAUUUUGUUCCCAUUUGUAACGUGCGCUGACCCCGCCACGCAUUCUUAUGUAUGUUAUACUGAUAAUUAUUCGUGUCAUCACCUUUUGCAUCCCUUUUUACGUUAACCUAUCCUGUUCUAAUUUAUUCAUCUCGUUAAACUAUGCACAUCCCGAUCACACAAAGACACGCGUUAAUUGAUUUCUAAUGUGUUGAAAUUUGUUUCCUUUUUGCACCAUCCGUUCCCGGAUUGCUUCAAGGUGUAAUUGGAAAUUUUGAAACGUUGUUCUAAAUGUUUACAUGGAUAUUUAAACUUUGAAUAAACGAAAUCGUCUGAAUCCCACAUUAUUCAUAGGAUAAAGUUUCUUCAAAAUCCACACAAGCGCAAGAGCGCUAGCAACCCUUCGAAAUAGAUAUUUAUCCCAUAUCUCAGAUGUACGCAACUUUAUACACGUGGAACAAAUGUUGAACAGAAUAAUAUGAAACUUUAUGCUCACUUAUUUGUGCAGGUAGAUCUUUACCACAGUGACAAAGCAUGUAUGUAUUAAAGCAAAUCACAAAACAGACACAAACAAAUUAUAAACUAUAUUCGACACGUUGGCAAGUGAGACAAAGGUAAUUGUGCUGACAACUACAACAGAUGAAUAAAAAAAUGCAUCAAUAGUAAUCUUUUAUGAUAUUUUAAUUGUAAAUGUUGAUAAUUACAAUUAAGAAUGGACACUAAACUAUAUAAUCACGGUGAGAAGGAUGACGAUGACGAUUUGCAGAUGAAAAAAAGAAAAUGAUAACGAUAAUUAUGAAAACAGAAGAUGACGAUUGGAUAACAAGCGAUGAAACUGAAUCAGAUGUGAACAAUAAAAAUUUAUUGAAAAAUUUUAUAACUAAA